AGUGUGAAUAUAGGCACGGAAGAGGAGGACAACUGUAGCAGCUUUACUAUGCGUAAGAGUGAAACAGCACUAAUCCAAAUAAAAAAGAUGGUGUCGUCACUUCGCUCUGAAAGACACUCUCUCUAUGCUAAUAUAUAACUCUAUGGCAAUAACCUCUUCAACAAAUUUGGCGGUAAUGCAUUGUUUUUAUUUAACAUUUAACACAAACUUAGAUGAUUAGAAUAUAAAAUUAUAUUCUAAGAACACAAACGAUAAACUUUAUCAUAAACACAGUACACAGUGUUAGUUAUUGAAUUUUGAUUUUGAGUUACUGGACGUCGGACGAAGUUGAAAUUGCAACGAUUUUGUUUACUUUUGUAUUGUUUGUGCGAGUGAUUGAAGAUGGAUAAUAAUUUAGGUGAGUUGCAAGAGCAUGAUGUAGUAAUUACCACCAGGCAAACACCACAGUCCCAUGUUUCACGUGGUUCAGCCUCGAUAAGGUCAAGACGAUCUCGACAAAAUAGAAUAAGGAAAAGAAAAGCUUGCCAAAUCGAAAAAAUGAGAUUAGAUAGGAAAUUGUAUUACAUUAAGAAGUUAGAAAUUGAAACACAGAAACUGGAGGAAAUGAAGAGAAGAAACGAGGCACAUGAGGAAGCGAAUGAAAUUUUGAAAACCAAGAACAAGAUAUUGCAGGAAGCGAAUGCAAUUAUGAAAACGAUAAAGUGUAAAUGUAACUGUAAUUGUACCCCUAAUAAUAGCCUUGGUCUUCCAAUUAUAAUAUAAAGUAUUUUUUUAUAA